AUGCCAGUGGCUAGACCAGAAUCAUCUGAUUCAAGGACAAGGGUCAUCGCGCACGUUGACAUGGAUUGCUUCUACGUUCAAGUGGAGCAGCGGAAGCAGCCAGAGUUGAGGGGUUUACCUACAGCUGUGGUGCAGUACAAUGAGUGGAAAGGUGGGGCUUUAAUUGCUGUUAGCUACGAGGCUCGUAAACUUGGAGUCAGUCGGUAA